UGCCGGGCACACAGUGCGGCCGAUACAACGUUUCGCAUCGGAGCCGCGUGUGCUCGCAGGGGCGCCGGCUUGGAGCCAGUGUUUUUCGAUUGCCAGCCGGCUGUUCUCCGCGUUGUCACUGCGUGGAGGAGGACUCUUGCUUUCUUCAACGCGUGCUGCGCAGUCGCCUCAGGACCGCGCGAGUGGCGUCUUAAAAACAAAGUCCGCCGCUAGCUUCCCCGAGUGUUGUCAGUGCGCCUGUUUUGUUUGUCUUCGUGGUGGUUUUCGACGUGCGCCGUGCCAGAGUAGAGGGCGUUCACAAGCCAGGAUGCCAGGUCCGGAACGUGGUCAUUGCGAGCUGUCCCACAGAUAAGCGAUCUCCACGCGCCUUGUGGUGCCUGCAGCGCCUGGCCCUCUCUCACCGCUGGAAUUCGGGAGAUAAGCAGUCAUUUAGGAACCGUCUCCCUCUCACCAACCAGCCAGAUUCGUCUGCUUGCUAUCAGUUUCCCGGUGACUUGGAUGCGUGGACUGACUGACCGAAAGCGUUCACCGUCAGCUGCUCUCGAGAACGAGGAGAGGAAAAGAGUGGCCCGGCCUUCGGAACACUAGCAUGAAGCCGAACGGCCACCGUACCUACAGAGCAGCGUGGCAUGAACGGGGAACGUGACCCCACGUGAUGACAUCGACCAUGACGUCACUGACGCCGAGGAAAGGGCGGCCUUACCGCCCAGCCUUGCUGGCUCUGGUGACAGUGCUACUGGUGCCGCUGGCACUUGGAACAGCCGGUGCUGCCGCUGCCAGCGACCCACCAUCUACGACAGGGGCCAGCGCUGGCACGUCAACGGGAGAGACUCCUUCGCCAGCCACCGAGCAGACGGUGAAAAAUGUCGCAAGCAGUUUGCCAACUACGACUCCAGAGGCACCGCUGGACAAUGUAACAGCAACGCCCACGGCGUCCUCUGCACAAACCACCGCGUCGGCGCACACAUCCGAGCAAACUUCUCCUUCCCAUGGUCACCAAACAAGCACCGUAAGCUCUGAAACGACGACAGGGAAGGGGGAUUCGAAAACAGACCAUACUUCUGCUGUCACCACAACAGAAACUGUAACAACACCCGCUGUCAAUCAUUCAGACGAGGCAACCGUGACAACGAGCACGGAUAUCGAUGGUCACCAGCCGAACGCCACCAGCGGAACCGAACCGACACCGUCAGCGGCGGUGACUAUAACGACGGUGGCUCCGACGACACUAUUACCGACUACGACCAAGCACCGGGUGCCCGAGGUCACCGAGGAAGACGUUGUAAUGAAAUCAACGCCCACCCAGCGGCGACUGCUGCUGGUGCUUCGCGGCAACUGCAGCCACGACAGCCUCAAGAGCGACGUCGAGGGCGCUUUCCGAAACCUGACCAGUGCCGCCGAGAACAUCAGCGUGACCGACAUCCGCUGCACCACGCUGUUAGACGUGAACGUGACGUUCAAGGCCGGCGAGCUGCAGCUGAAGCAGCUGCUGCGCAACCUCAGUCUGGCCGGCACCCUGCAGCUGGGUGGCGGCGGCGACAGGCACUUCCUGCUGACCGACUUCUCGGUCAAGGAGCAAGUCUCCACCGAUGGAGCGCGCACGGUGCGCUCCCGCUGGGUGCCGACACGUGAAGAGCUCAUCAUCUACGUCGCCGUGGCGGUGCUCUUCGGCAUUGUUCUUAUCAUCGCCUGCGUGGUAUGCAGCAUCCGCUGCUGCCGCCGACAGCCGUCGAAGACACUCGACUUCCUCGACACGCCGCGCCUCAACCUUCGCCUGGAAGACUACACGCUGACGCGCAUACCGCGUCCGCAUACAGUGUACGCCGACCACCUGCGCACGCCCGACCAGGAGCUGGGCGUGGUGCAGGCCUUCGACACGUGCGUGGUACCGCUGGAGGACGUCAUGCCACCUCCAGCGCCCACCGUGCCCGCGCCGCCAUGCCCGCCGCCCAGACGACCUGCGGAAGGCUGGAGGACCGAGCCACUGAUGACGUUCGGUGGCAAGCCCACCAAGGCGUCACCUGCCAACGGCCUCAAGGUGGCCCGCAGGAGCGCCACCCGAGCAGAAGAGGAAGACGACGACGAGUCCUCACUCAGGGGAAACGGCGCACUGUCCACGUCGACCGAACGCCUAGCCCGGAGGGACUCGGGUCGCCGGCAGGGAGUCGACAAUCCCAUCUACUUGGUAGACCGCAGGAAGUCCAAGGGCUGAAGACCUGCGCGCUCUGUUCCACACUGUCAUUCUGUCGGAAAGUUCGAGCCUACUGCGUGGACCUGAAGACGAACUUUGUGCCGCAGGCCGUCGGAUGCGGGCUUCACGGACUGGCGGCUCCUGCUUUUUCACCUUGAGGGUGUUCGCCGCGAGUGUGGAAAGAAGUAGGCUCGCUAUGGCUAAAGGCUGCGGUAACUGUUGUGUCGCGAGCCGAAGCCAGGUUUGCUAUGACGUGGCACAAGCCGGGACUAUAAUGUGCGCGUCAACGAGAGGUUGUGCUUUAGGAAGGAACUUGGGUGAAAAUGGAAUGCGAUGAUAAGAAAGUCUCGCAGCGAUCUGAUCCUUGACACGUCGCCAACUUGGGCCAGCAUAGAUGAAGGCGUGUUGUCUCCUGUUUGGGGCCUAUACAUUACACACGGCUGUCAAGCAUACUGAAAGUGUCCGACAGCUUGCGCUGUUGUGUAAACGUGUUCUUUUUUGCCCGAGGCCGCCUUUUAGUCAGGCUUUUCCUAAUUUGCUUUGGUUUCAUAUUUUUAAGUCGUUUCUAUUUACAAGACAUAGCAUAUGGAUGAGUAUGUUCUAGUUUUUUGUUCGUCGCUAGAUGCUUACAGCUUGGCCAAGAGCGCGUACUUAUAGGCAACGUGUAAAACAGUCGACUUUGUCCUUAGUACGGUGGUGUCUCCACGGUCCCGACUGGCGAUGGCGAGCGCGUUGUUUGAUAUGUCUCGGUAAAUAAAUGGCCUCAGAAGUGGAAGAAAGUAAAGCUAACUCCCUGCCACUCGCAGUCAGAGGCCUUGAUUAUUGGUAGUCUGUGGGUUUGGUGUUGCGUGUCCCCUAGUACUUCCAACUCUCCGUGAGUGUAUAGCCGUGGUACUUGAGUGAUUCUGUAUAUGCCAGCGCUUGUUGAAAUCACUCUCUGACAGAACUGUGAGCACUAUUUAGCCGGUGAACUUUCACGUAGCAGGUACGGCACCGGUAAUAUGGAAUACGUUAUGUUUCUCCUGUCCAAACCAAAAUCUUUCCUUUUUUUUUUCAAAAAGCGCAUUUACUCGUUAUCAAGAAUAAUCGAAAAGUAUGUUGUAGUUUGGCCAAAUUCAUUUGCCCCAUCGAUCGCUAGGAAUAUGACACGAUCAGUGGAAUAAAUUGGAAAAACACAGCUCUCCCUGCACUGACUUGGCAAAGGAGGCGUGCUUCUAGCAUGCGCCACAGUAUUCUGCAACUUCAGCUAAAGUUGUAUAUUCACUAAAUUGCAAAAUGUCAUCCAGGGGGGUCAGUUCAGCGCAGACAAAGCAACUGUUGUGGCAAAGGAAACGCUUAAAAUGUUUCUAGUAGUACCGUAUUGGCCAGUCUUAGACCAUCAGAGCCUGAAUAUGUAUGCGGUGUGCGACCCUCCGAUUUUGUGGUUGUCCGUGGAAUGCCGAGCACGCCUCCAGGACCCUAUAAUCUCUGAAAAUGAGCCAGCGUUUCGGGCAGCAUUUGUGGGCAGCUGUCAACCUAAGCAGGAAUGAUAACACAAGUCCAUUUCAAUUUUUUGUUUGUGUGUGUCCUUGGUCUUCUUGUGCUUCGUCAAAGGUCUGCAUACACUAUCAAAUCAAUAGACCAAUCCCGCGUUGUGGGUGAUACGACCUUUAGGAAUUCGUGUUUAAAUUGUACGAGAUGUCUUUAAGUGCGGUACUUUGGGUUUUUUAAUGUCUCUAGACUUCACGAUUUUAAAUUUUCUGUGAAAAGGAGUAGCCGGCAUCAUAAAAAGGAGCCGACAUAUCCGGAACACCAUAUAUUAAAAAUAAAAAAAAAGAAAUUGCCAUCGAAAGGAGUCACGAUGUCUCCAUCGGAACACAAAAAAUUGGGGUGUGUUCUGACAAGGAAGCUUUCCUUUUUUUACUCACAACUAAACUUCUUUUAAAUUCAAAUUCUGCGUGGUCGCUUGCUCGGUAUUUUACGGCAUCCUGCUUUAGUUUUCUCCUUGUCAAUGGAGUGACACCGGAGAAUAUUUGCAUAUUUCUUUUCACAGACCCUUCCACCCGCAUCGUGCGCCGCAGUUAUGAUUAGUGUUGAAUUACCACGUUACCACAAGUAUUUUUAUGUAACUUUUCUUCAUAUUUUCGGUCUUAUACGCAGGCCUGAAUAUCCUCCAGUGAUGGCGUGCUUAUAUUUAGUGCGCAGUUUACAAUAUUUUUAUUUUUAUUUUUGUCCGAAGUGCUUUAGAAUCGUUAAUAUUUUUAUUCAAAUUCACAUUUUCCUUGUUUCACUUCAUUUGCAUGAAUAAGCACGGUGUAAAUCUUGAGAAGCACGUACAAUACAUGAACAAUUUCGUUUAAGAGGCCGAUAUGCAAUCAGUGGGUAAUUUUGAUGUGUGAAAGCACUGAUACACUAGGGCAUUACACAUGGUUCGCCACUUGCUCGAAACGGCAAUUUUGGAGUCUACAUCGCCGCAGUUGUUUUUUUGGGCAUUUUCGUCCGACAUAGAGAGAUGUAGAGAAGCAAUCUCUCCUAAAUGGAGGGUCCUUGGGCAUUGCACGUACAAACUUUUUUCACUGUCUCAUCCCUAUGUCACUCCCAUGCUCAGUCUGUAUUCCUGAGCUUCGUUAUGGUUUAUCUGUCCAUAUUAAAAUGCGAGUUGUUGCUUGUGCGCGCGUAUAAUUUUACUGAGUUUGUUUGAACAUGCGUCCAGGUUGACCUUUGCUUCCUAUGUACUGCGUGUGUUUCCGCCUCGUGCUUUCGAAGAGUCCGGCGAUAUGUACCCUAGGAUGUCAUGUCUAACCACAUACAUACAUGUGACGAGCAGAAUGAGAAAACACACGGUAUAAAAAAGAAUAAAAGUGGAGUCAUUCCGUUACUUUUGUAUUCAGAGAUGUACGCGUGACAAUAAAUGUCAUUGUACUAUACAUUAGUACGAAUAAAUGUGGCGCGUGGCGUGGC